AUGGCGUCGCAGGGUAAGGACGACAAGAAAGGCCCUUCGCCCAGUCCGCUGAGGAGUAUCAUCGCUGGGUCGACGGCGGGCGCUGUUGAGAUUGCCAUCACCUACCCCGCCGAGUUCGCCAAAACUCGCAUCCAGCUCAACCGGCGGCUCGCCGAAGGCCAAAAGCUGCCGUGGCCACCGUUCGGUCGGCAGUGGUAUGCGGGGUGCACGACGCUGAUUAUUGGAAAUUCGGCGAAGGCGGGUAUUCGCUUUGUCGCUUUUGAUCAGUAUAAGAAAUUGCUAGCCGACGAGAACGGUAAGGUCUCCGGCCCGCGUAAUGUGCUCGCUGGCUUUGGUGCUGGUGUGACCGAGUCAUUGUUGGCGGUGACGCCGACGGAGAGUAUCAAGACUACGCUCAUCGACGACCGCAAAUCCCCCAACCCCCGGAUGCGCGGCUUCCUGCAUGCAGUCCCCAUCAUCGCGCGCGAGCGCGGCAUCCGCGGCUUCUUCCAGGGCUUCGUGCCCACAACCAUGCGCCAGUCUGCCAACAGCGCAACUCGUUUUGGCGCCUACACCGGUCUGAAACAACUCGCUGAAGGCUAUGUCGCGCCGGGCGAGAAGCUCGGCGCGGUGAGCACGUUCCUGAUUGGCGGCCUGGCUGGGCUGAUCACGGUGUAUGUGACGCAGCCGCUGGAUACGAUCAAGACGAGGAUGCAAGAUCCAAAUGCGCGGGCGUUGUACGGGAAUUCGUUCCGGUGUGCGGGGAUUAUUCUUCGGCAGGAGGGUGUGCUCACUUUUUGGUCGGGUGCACUGCCGAGGUUGGCGAGACUGAUCAUGAGCGGGGGGAUUGUGUUUACCAUGUAUGAGAAGAGUAUGGAGUUGAUGAAUAGGCUGGAUCCGGAGAGGAAAUAUCUAUGA